UCGAUAAUACAGUUUACCGCAUUAUUGAAUCAUGACGUCCAUAAACAGACCGCUUUUUAAAUAUGGAAAAAGUUUAUUAUUAUCUCAGUCAAGACGAUCAAUAUCAAUUACUUCAGUUAAUCGUAUAAAAGAAUUCGUUGAAAAAAAAGAAGGAAAUACAUUAACUAUUGAAGCCAGGAUUAUUCCUGAUCCUUUUCAAGAUAAAUUGUUUAAGCCUACCGACAAUGGAGCAUGUUCGCUUUGUGCAGCUGGUGUGGAUGUUAAGCAUACUGAUGUUCUAAUUUUGAAGGAAUUUGUAGGAUCGGAUGGACGUUUGUUGCCACGAGCAGUUACAAAUCUCUGUAAAAUUCAGCACAAACGAGUUAAUGUAAUGUUACAAAUGGCUAUUAGAGCUGGAUUAAUGAAUAUAAUAAAUCAAGAGACCAAAGAACCUCUACCAUGUGUCAUAAACAAAGGAUUCAAUACUUAUUAUGAUGAAAUAUCAAUUAAAAGCAAAUAUUACAAUGCUACUUUCCGUCAUUGAAUGCAUUUAUAUUCAAUUUUUUUUUAAACUUUAGCAAACUUAUGUAUAUAAUUUAAUAAAAAAAAGUAUCAAAAAUUUA